GCGUCUCUCUCUCUCUCUCUCACUCACUCUCAGUCUCUGCUAGGGUUUCACAGACUUGCCUUGUCCGUCUCCCAAACCCAAAUUGAGGUAUGGAGCCGGCGGUGGAUAUACGGCCCGGUGAAGACGCCACUUACGACGGUCUGUAUUCCAAGGGGCAUAAGAAGUUGAAAUUAUCUUCUGAUAGAAAUGUAUGUGAUGCAAUGGUCUUGUCUGCAAGUAUGCACAAUGAAACUGUACAAAAGAAACCAAGUUCCACCUCUGCAGUUGUUGAUUAUACUGAUCCGCUGGCUAUACCAAACUUGCUGGAGGGAUUAGAUGACGGUGGUAAAUAUGGAAGUGUUGAAAAGGACAUGAAGGCAUUGGCUGCUCAGAUAAAUGAAGUGCUGAAUCCGUUGUUCGCAAAAUUCCCCACACUAUCUAAUUCAUACUUUAAAGAGAAAAGAAGGCAGAGUAAACUGGCUCCUGAAUUAGCGUUAGCAAUUCAACGAGCUCCGUCUCUGGCAGAAAAUAAUGUCAUUGAUCUGGAGGAUGACUCUGUUGACAGAAAUGCUCCAGCAGCAUCAACGGCUAUUGUAAUCAUUGAUUCAGAUGAGGAACAGACUGAAGAUCAGAGGCCUUCCUACUCUUUCCAGGAGGUUUUUAUGACACAACCAUCAUAUUCUUUCAAGGAUAUAAUUCUGCCACAGCCAUCUGAACAAGUUUUCAGGAAGGACCCUGGAGUGAGGGAUCAAGUUGAAGAAACUGACACGAAUAAAGAUCCAGGUGUUUAUGUGGGUGUAGAAGACGAAGAAAGUACUGAAGAUGAUGAUGGUUUAGGAGACGCAUGGAUGGAAAUGUCAAUGGCAAUUGAAUCUUCAAAGGAUAUCACUGUAGAUCCUUUAUCUGAAGAAAGAACGAGUGAAGGCGACUGCGAGCAUUCUUUUGUCUUAAAGGAUGAUCUUGGAUUUGUUUGCCGCAUCUGUGGGGUCAUUGACAGAAGCAUUGAUACAAUCUUUGAGUUUCAGUAUAACAAGGUCAAAAGGAGUACAAGAACGUACAUGCCUGAUUCUCGUAAUGGGAAAGACAGAGAAUCAACUGAGGAUGGUGGAGUUAAACUUUCAGAAGAUGGUUUGAUUAUAACUGAAAUAUCUGCUCACCCAAGACAUAUGAAGCAAAUGAAACCUCAUCAAGUGGAGGGUUUCAAUUUUCUUGUUAGCAACUUAGUUGGUGAUAAUCCUGGUGGUUGCAUCUUGGCCCAUGCUCCAGGUUCUGGAAAAACAUUUAUGAUAAUUAGUUUCAUGCAAAGUUUCCUAGCAAAGUAUCCAAAUGCUAGACCGUUGGUUGUUCUUCCUAAAGGAAUAUUGGAUACAUGGAAAAAGGAGUUUAAAUAUUGGCAAGUAGAGGAUAUUCCUUUAUUUGACUUCUAUGAGGCCAAAGCAGACAAUCGGUCACAGCAGCUUGAGGUUUUGAAGAAGUGGGUGAAACAGAAAAGUAUCCUGUUCUUAGGGUACAAACAGUUCUCCUCUAUUGUUUGUGAUCGAGAAACGAACCAGAUAUCAACGUCGUGCCAGGAAAUAUUGCUAAAGGCACCUUCAAUUCUUAUUAUGGAUGAAGGGCACACCCCUCGGAAUGACAAUACUGAUGUAUUCCAAUCAAUUGCAAAAUUGCAGACACCAAGGAAAGUUGUACUUUCAGGAACUAUUUAUCAAAAUCAUGUGAAGGAAGUGUUCAACAUUCUGAAUCUGGUUCGUCCUAAGUUUUUAAGAUCAGAAACUUCCCGACCCAUCAUCAAGCGCAUAAUGAGUAGGGUACAUAUACCAGGUGCAAGGAAGCAGUUCAAAGCUGGUGCUGAUAAUGUUUUUUAUGAACUAGUGGAGGAUACUCUGCAGAAGGAUAAGGAUUUCAGAAGGAAAGUGACUGUCAUACAUGACUUGCGUGAGAUGACCAGCAAGGUCCUUCAUUACUACAAAGGAGAUUCCCUGGAUGAGCUUCCUGGACUUAUUGAUUUCACUGUGGUACUCAAUCUAAGUGACUGGCAGAAGCAGAAAAUCCAGAAGGAAUUCAAGAAGUUUGCAAGGAAGUUCAAGCAAAGUUCAGUUGGCAGUGCUGUUUAUCUGCACCCUAAACUGUACUCCGUCUCUAAGGACUGGAAACCCUCUGAUUCAAAUGAAAAGAUAGAUGAAUUGGUUGAGACGAUAGACUUGAAUGAAGGAAUCAAAGCUAAAUUCUUUAUGAAUAUGCUUAGGUUAUGUGAGUCAUCUGGUGAGAAACUAUUGGUUUUCAGUCAGUACCUCCCACCUUUGAAAUUUUUAGAGAGAUUAACCGUCAAAACAAAGGGUUGGAGUCCUGGGAGAGAGCUGUUUGUGAUCACAGGGGAAUCGAAAUCUGAGAAUAGGGAGUGGUCCAUGGAGAGAUUUAACAAUUCCCCUGAUGCUAAGGUCUUCUUUGGCUCGAUCAAGGCAUGUGGAGAGGGUAUAUCUUUAGUAGGGGCUUCACGAGUCUUAAUUUUGGAUGUCCAUCUUAAUCCCUCUGUAACACGGCAAGCAAUUGGCCGUGCAUUUAGACCUGGCCAAAAGAGGAAAGUAUUUGUAUAUAGAUUGGUAGCUGCUGAUUCCCCUGAAGAGGAAGAUCAUAGUACUUGCUUCCAAAAAGAAUUAAUUGCCAAGAUGUGGUUUGAAUGGAACGAAUAUUGUGGUUAUCGGGAUUUUGAAGUGGAUACUGUUGAUGUGAAAGAGUGUGGUGAUCAUUUUCUUGAAAGUCCGGCGUUAGGGGAAGAUGUGAAGGUUCUGUACAAAAGGUAGGUCCUUCCAUCAUAGUAAGGCUCAGGUGCAGAGUAGGGAAAGUUGUCACAAACAGUUUUGGACAUGCCACUGUUAACUUUAGUUAGCAUGGUGGUGAACAUAUCUUGGUACAUGCAGGUUUUGCUUAGUUUUUUUUUAAAGUAUCAGAGUCGUCUAUUCGGAGGGUGCUGUUUUUUGUGAAGAUGCCAUUUAUCCUUCAGGAACUAUGCUCUUUUGUGAUUUUCGCUCUAUUUUGUGUUUUUUUGUUUUUUUGUUUUGUUUUUGUUUGAGCUGGUAUAUGCACCCUGUUAAAUUUUAGGUUUGAUUUUUCUACUGUGUAAUUAACGUCAUCCUUAUGGAAAUGGAGCAAAUAACACAG